CACAAUGACACCAACAGCCCAGAGUGGAAUGAGUGAAGUGAUAUCUUAGCCAAGAUGAAAAACAGCAUUCUCCUUCUUGUGCUGAGUGCUGCACAUCUGUAUGCUUUCCCACUGUUGAAAGAAGAAACUGAGGCGGACGAGAAUGAUUGGCAAAGAGCAAAAGAAUAUCUUAAAAGAUUUUACAAUCUUCCACGUGGAAUUGAAGGAACCAGAAGGUCUUCCAGUGCAAUGACUGAGGCACUUAAAUCCAUGCAGUCAUUUUUUGGGCUUAAAAUAACAGGACAUGUGGAUGAUGAUACUAUAAAGGUGAUGAAAAUGUCAAGAUGUGGUGUUCCUGAUGUGGCUGAGUACAAUGUGUUCCCAAAAAACCUUAAAUGGGAAACUACAAAUGUAACAUUCAGAAUUGUAAAUUAUACUCCGGAUAUGAAAUCUUCAGAAGUUGAUAAAGCAAUACAUAAUGCUCUGAGGGUCUGGAGCGAAGUAACACCUCUGGUUUUCAAAAAAAUCCAUGAAGGCAUUGCUGACAUUAUGAUUUCUUUUGGUGCGAAAGAACAUGGUGAUUUUAAUCCAUUUGAUGGUCCCAAUGGUCUUCUUGCCCAUGCAUACCCACCUGGUAAAGGGAUAGGGGGCGACACUCACUUUGAUGAAGAUGAAACAUGGUCAGCAGAUGCCAGUGGCUACAACUUGUUUAUUGUUGCUGCUCACGAGUUUGGUCAUGCGCUGGGAAUGGCUCACUCUCAGGACCCUGGAGCCUUGAUGUAUCCAGUCUACUCUUACAGCAAAGGCUUCCCGCUAUCAAAUGAUGAUAUGAAGGGGAUCCAGUUCCUUUAUGGCUCUAAUCCAUUCCAUCCUAAAGUAAACCCUCGACCUGAAGCUCCAGAUAAGUGUGAUGCAUACUUGUCUUUUGAUGCUGUCACAAAACUUAGAGGUGAAACAAUCAUCUUCAAGGACAGAUUUUAUUGGCGUCUUCAUCCACAGCUUACUAAUGCAGAACAGACAUUAAUCAAAUCAACCUGGCCAGUACUACCCAAUAAGAUUGAUGCAGCCUAUGAAUCUCCAGAAAAAGAUCUGGUCUUUAUUUUUAGAGGAAUCAAAAUGUGGGCAAUAAAUGGUUAUGACCUGGUUGAAGGAUACCCAAAAUACAUCCACAAGCUUGGGCUCCCUAAAUCGGUUCGAAAAAUUGAUGCUGCUGUUCACAUAAGGGAAACUGGAAAGACUCUGCUGUUCACAGAGGAAGACUACUGGAGUUAUGAUGAAAACAGUCACACUAUGGAUAAAGAUUCCCCUCGAUCAAUUGAAGAUGAUUUUCCUGGAAUUGGAGAAGAAAUUGAUGCUGCCUUCCAAGAGAAUGGUUACCUGUACUUGUACAAAGGUCCGAUACAAUUUGAAUACAACUAUGCGGCCAGGAGAGUUCUCCGGAUUUUAAGAGCAAACAACCUGUUUAAUUGUUAAAAUUUAUUUUUAGAAGGAAACCCAGUAGAAGCCCACUCUAAGCCCUUUCGCAAAGGUGGUUGAGUGUAACAUGCAGCAAGACUACAGUACUACUUGAUAUAAAUGACAGUUUUUACAAAAGGAAAACAUGCAUAGUAUACUCAUGUUAUAAAAUAUUUCAGAGUGGGUGAGAAUUAUUUUUGUGGUUGAAAAAUACUAUAGUCAAAUGUCAUAUGUAUUGUACUACCAAUUUGUUUAAAGUUGAAACCAGUGUAUAUAUUUUAUUAUUUUGAAAAUUAAACUGAUAGUAAUGAGGUGUAUAUUAAUAAACUAUUAGUUUUUUGUCACA